AUGGCCCAGAUGGUUACUUCGGAGCUUCAGACUGCCAUCGCCGAGGUCCUCGAUCCAGUCAACUGGGGCGGUGACUCUACAAGCUUUGAGCGCCUCUCGGACGAGGCGAUCGAGAAAGUCGAGGAGAUUUUGAGGCAACAUGGCGACGAAGAUUGCAGCACGAGACCGCGUACAUACGCAUUUCUGUACCUCAGUCACUUGACGCGGUUUCAUGCUGCCUUCCGCGGCUACUCCGACGAUCACCUCCCGUACACCGACUGGACUCUGCCACCUGGAAUGCGGGACAAACAGGUCUGCAAACACUUUCUCAAAUUCCAGUACCUGGUAAUUUCCGAACAGGCUCAAGAGUCAGGGCCACGGAUACGGAAGCAUGUGCAAUUCGCGAAUGUUGGGGACUGCCCCUUGAGAUUCAUCAGGCAUCUCGGGUAUGGUGGCUCCGCAGUUGUAGAUGCUGUACAGGGCAAGUACAGUGGGAUGGUGUAUGCGAGAAAAUCGUUCUACCACAGAGGCAAUGCGGCCAGGAUCAACUCAUUCAGGCAGGAGCUUGAAUUGCUCAAAAACCUUCAGCACCGCCACCUUGUUCGCUAUAUCGGAAGCUAUACAGACCCGAAGUGGAUAGCCUUCACCAUGAUACCCGUCGCAGAGGGGGAUCUCUCGUCGUGGCUCCCAACACACCUUGGGGACCCCCGGAUACAGGAAUUUUUUGGAUGUCUUGCUUCUGCAGUGGCAUAUCUACACACGGAAAAGGUGAGGCACAAGGACAUCAAACCACACAAUGUCCUCGUUUCCCAUAAUGGCAUCUUCCUUUCGGACUUCGGUACCUCCAAUCAGUGGAAAGAUUCAGACAAAAGCGCGACCGAGGGUGCAGUCGCGUAUGCAUUCACCAAAAGAUAUGCACCUCUGGAAGUCCUGACCAACGAGCGUCGAAGCAGGGCCUCGGACAUCUUCAGCCUUGGUUGUAUCUUUCUGGAAUUGAUUUCUGCCUUCUGCGGGCAGUCAGCUGACGACUUGCGCCAAUACUUACUCCAAACCUGGACCGGUGUGGAUUUGUACGCCGACAACGAGGAGGCUGUCGAAGAAUGGGUUGAGCAUCUCAAAAGGAAAAAUCUCCCAGAAGCCCACCUGAGCAUCUUGGACAUGACUCAUAGCAUGAUGGACGCUGACAAAAACAAGCGGCCGGGCGCUUUAACGCUAGUCGACUGCAUUCUGAAUCUGGGACCAGAGUAUGCGUGCAGGCAAUGCCACCAGGAACCAAUCCUACAGUAUCUCGAAAGCAAAGGCGUACGUGUGAGCGAACCGCAUGCAAGAGGGCCAGCCCUGUGCGAAGCUGCGGUUAAGGGAAACCUCGACAUCUUUCAGAACCUUCUCAAGGUGACGGAUGAUUUGAGCUGUACAAUCCGGUUUCAGCGGGAACGUAGGACACCGGUGGACAUCGCGGCACUACUGGACCAUGACAAAAUAGUUCAAAGUUUUCUAUCCCACUGCCGGCACAAUGACAUAUGUCCUGACACCACGAAUCCGCUUCGGCUUGCCAUCAGCUCCCACUCGAACCGCUCAGUAAAGAUACUUCUAGCCUUUAGAGCAGACUCUUAUGCCGCUCCGCAGGGACUCCAGAGCGACCUAUAUCACGCAGCCUACCGGGGAAGUUUGGAAUUCUUGAAGAUGGUGGUCAAGCGGGGUAUUGACCUAAGCCACAGAGACAGCGCCUUUGGACAGCCGACGCUGCUACAUGGCGCAGUGCAAGGAAGCAACAUCGAGACCCUCAACUAUCUUUUGGCUCAGGGAUUAGACGUCAAUGCCAAGACCGACAACGGUACGACCCCGAUCCAUGAAGCCGCUAUGUUAGGAACAGGUGAUACUAUCGCCCUGUUAGUUAAAGCAGGUGCAGAUCCACGCCUUCGCAACCGUGAAGGAUACACUGCUGCCGGCUGGGCCACGCAGGUCGGAAACCUGGAAGCUUUGAAGGCCAUACUGGAACUCUCAGGCCCUGAAGAUCACUACAGCAAAGAUGGAUGGAGCCCCCUUUACAUUGGCGUGCGGGCCAACCACGUCCAAAUUGUCGAGAUGCUCUUGAAGGAAACUCCGUGGGAAAUCAACCACCCGACGCAUGGAUCAAAGGAAACUCCGUUGCAUUACGCUGCUCAAUUCAGCUCGGAAGACAUGGUCCGGAUGUUACUUGCCUUGCCGCAGGCUUCGACCAGGAGUACGAACUCUUCAGGGGCCACGCCAUUGCGCGUCGCAAUGGAUAAAAGACAAGCUCAUGAUUCUGUCUUGCGCCUGCUCGCCGCUCAUGACCCUGGAGCUGUGAGCUUGAAGUAA